AUGCAGUGGAUUGAACACAAUAACCCGGAACAGGAGGACGUCCAGAGUAUUUUAAAAAAUGUGCGACUAGAUAUUGUUGACCGACACUUUCUUGUUAAUGAGGUAGCGAUUUCAAAUAUUGCUCUUGAGAAUAGCGCUGUGAGAGAAAUCAUACAACACGUUUUAUGUUCAGCCCUGCCACAACUUACAAGUACAACGAGGUUUGUUGCCAACCGUUCUGUCUUUAUACUACACCACACCGACAAGUUACUGCUGUCUUGGUUCACGCCAGAAGACAAGUGGGAAGACGUCCCGCCAGCCCCAGUAGAUCCUGGAUCGGGUUAUUCAGCUGCGAGUUUGGAUGACAAGAUCUACAUCACUGGUGGUUUUAAACAAGGUAAAUGUACACUUGGGUAUGACACCAUUAGAAAAGUGUGGAACGUAGGCACAGACCUCAACCAUGAACAUUGUUAUCACUGUACAGCCACAGCUAGCUCUACAGUGCAUGUAAUAAGCGGUGAUGAUACUGGUACAAUAGAAGAGAAGAGCGAUAGUGAGGAGCAAUGGCAGGUGGUUGGUGAUUUGGGAUUGAACAGAUUGCUUGCCUUUCCUGUUACAGUUGGUGAGAACAUUCUCGUUAUGGGAGGACAAAUAAACUACGUCCCGUCAGAUUGCAUCCAAUGUUUUAACACUACAACCCGCGCUGUCACCAAGUUGGAUAUAAAGUUGCCUUGUACAUCCAGUACACUAAGAGGAUCUGUUCACCCACCAGAUGUAUACCUGAUAGACAAUGAUGGCAACGUGAUGCACAUUCACGUGACUGACAGAAAUGGAAAAAUUCAGGUUGAGAAUAAACUAACAGCUAAGUGGAAAUCAUUUGGUCAUAGAUUUGGUAUCGUUCACCGACAUGGAAAACUGCUGUGUUUUAGUAAAGAUGGAAUCAUGAAAUUCAACCUGGCUGAACGGAUAGAAGAAAAGAGUACAUUCUCCAAACCAUCUAGAAGAGGCGACGUGUUCGGCGUCCUGACAAUUUGA